CGUGGUCCGGGAGUGGCACCUCGCCCCACUGCAGCACUCGCCCCACCAGCCCCUGGGACGACGAGUCAGGGCCCAGCACCUUGGUGUUCCUCAGCGUGAAGGUUGAGCAGAAAACCCAUCAGAUCACGGAGGUGGCGGCGGUCAACGGGGAGCACAACUUCAAGACGUUGAUUCAGACACCCGAGUCGGUGCUGACGCUGUUCUCCCAGGGCGUCUCCAUGGAGGUGGGGAUGCAAAACCUACUCUGGUACCUCUCCCUGAUCCCCAGGCCCAUCCUCAUCAUCUAUAACUUCUGGGAACCAGAGCUUCCUGCUCUUUUUAAAGCCCUGGAUGCCACGGGCAGGAAAGAGGACUUCUGCCGGGUUGUGGCUGGUUAUGUGGAUAUGUUGUCCUUGAUGAAGGAAAAGCUGCCCAAGGCCCCUUCCUACAGGCUGAAGAACUUGCUGAGAAGGCACCUGCAGCAGCAACUCAACGAGGCCAGCGCUCUGGCCAUGGCCAAGGCCUUGCAGGACCUUUGGGGAGCCCUGGAGCUCCCCGUCCAACCCGCCGCGGGAUUGAUGCUCACCCACUGCAACCUGCAGAGCUACACCAUCCUGAGGCCCCUGGUGCAGGAGAAGCUGCUCACCAGGAGGGUGGCCAAGAUCCUGGCCCAGCGCAACAUCAUCCUCUGGGAGCUGGAGAAGUCGUGAGGGCAACCAUGGGGUGGGGUGAGCUGAGCUGGCCAGGCCUCAGGGUAACCCAUGCUCGCUAGGGAUGCAGGGAUGCUCGCCAGGGAUGC